AUGUUUAUAGAGAAGUCUAUGGACAAAAAAAUGGCGACAACUGAAGUGGAACUCUUAUCAAUUUUAGAAGAUUUGGGAGAUGAGGACUUUGAAAAAUUCAAGUGGUUCCUGCAGGGGGCGCUAGAAGGCAUCCAAGCAAUCCCAAAGAGUCGACUAGAGAAUGCAAACCGGAUGAAAACCGUGGAUCAGAUGAUUCAGACCUACAGUAUAAAUGCAACUGAAGUGGCCAGAACUGUUAAAGAGAAGAUAAAUCAGAAAUUAUCAAACCCCCCCCUCAAACUUGAAGAGAUUCUUCCUCUGUGCCAGCCAAAACUCAAAUCCAAAUUAAAAAAUAAGUUCCAGUGUGUGUUUGAGGGGAUCGCUAAAGCAGGAAACCAGACCCUUCUGAAUCAGAUCUACACAGAGAUCUACAUCUUAAAGGGAGAAACUGCGGAGGUCAAUGAUGAACAUGAGGUCAGACAGAUUGAAACAGCAUCCAGAAAACCAGACAGACCAGAAACAAGAAUCAGACAAGAAGACAUCUUUAAAACCCCACCUGGAAGAGAUAAACCAAUUAGAACAGUGCUGACAAAGGGAGUGGCUGGCAUUGGGAAAACAGUCUUAACACAGAAGUUCACUCUGGACUGGGCUGAAGACAAAACCAACCAGGACAUCCACUUCACAUUUCCAUUCACUUUCAGAGAGCUGAAUGGGCUGAAAGAGAAAACGUUCAGCUUGGUGGAACUUGUUCAUCGCUUCUUUCCUGAUAUCAAAGAAGCAGGAAUCUGCAGGUUUGAAGAGUUCCACGUUGUGUUGAUCUUUGACGGUCUGGAUGAGUAUCGACUUCCUCUGGACUUUGACAACACUGAGGUCCUGACUGAUGUCACAGAGUCCACCUCAGUGGAUGUGCUGCUGACAAACCUCAUCAGGGGAAAACUGCUUCCCUCUGCUCGCCUCUGGAUAACCACACGACCUGCAGCAGCCAAUCAGAUCCCUGCUGAUCCCUGUGUUGUCAUGGUGACAGAGGUCAGAGGGUUCACUGACCCACAGAAGGAGGAGUACUUCAGGAAGAGAUUCAGAGAUGAGGAGCAGGCCGGCAGAAUCAUCUCCCACAUCAAGACAUCACGAAGCCUCCACAUCAUGUGCCACAUCCCAGUCUUCUGCUGGAUCUCUGCUGGAGUUCUGAAGAAGCUGAUGAAAACCAGAGAGGGAGGAGAGCUGCCCAAGACCCUGACUGAGAUGUACAUCCACUUCCUGGUGGUUCAGUCCAAACGGACAAACGUCAAGUAUCAUGGGAAAUCUGAGACAGAUCCACACUGGAGUCCAGAGAACAGGGAGAUGAUUGAGUCUCUGGGAAAACUGGCUUUUGAUCAGCUGCAGAAAGGAAACCUGAUCUUCUAUGACUCAGACCUGACAGAGUGUGGCAUCGAUAUGAUAGCAGCCUCAGUGUACUCAGGAGUGUUCACACAGGUCUUUAGGGAGGAGAGUGAACUGUACGAGGACAGGGUGUUCUGCUUCGUCCAUCUGAGUGUUCAGGAGUUUCUGGCUGCUCUUCAUGUCCAUCUGACCUUCAUCAACUCUGGAGUCAAUCUGCUGGCAGAAGCAAGAUGGUGGUCCAAAGUCUUCAGGGAUAAACCUGAACUAAAACAUCUCUACCAGAGUGCUGUGGACAAGGCCUUACAGAGUCCAAAUGGACACCUGGACUUGUUCCUCCGUUUCCUCCUGGGUCUUUCUCUGGAGACCAAUCAGAACCUCCUACGAGGUCUGCUGACACAGACAGGAAGUAGCUCAGAGACCAAUCAGGAAACAGUCCAGUACAUCAAGAAGAAGAUCAGGAAGAAUCUGUCUGCAGAGAGAAGCAUCAACCUGUUCCACUGUCUGAAUGAACUGAAUGAUUGUUCUCUAGUGGAGGAGAUCCAACAGUCCCUGAGAUCAGGAAGUCUCUCCACAGAUAAACUGUCUCCUGCUCAGUGGUCAGCUCUGGUCUUCAUCUUACUGUCAUCACAAAUAGAUCUGGACGUGUUUGACCUGAAGAAAUACUCUGCUUCAGAUAAGGCUCUUCUGAGGCUGCUGCCAGUGGUAAAAGCCUCCAACAAAGCUCUGUUAAGUGGCUGUAAGCUCUCAGAGAGAAGCUGUGAAGCUCUGUCCUCAGUCCUCAGCUCCCAGUCCUCUAGUCUGAGAGAACUGGACCUAAGUAACAACGACCUGAAGGAUUCAGGAGGGAAGCGUCUGUCUGCUGGACUGCAGAGUCGACACUGUAAACUAGAAACUCUCAGGGCAACUGGCUGUAAGCUCUCAGAGAGAAGCUGUGAAGCUCUGUCCUCAGUCCUCAGCUCCCAGUCUUGUUGUCUCAGAGACCUAGACCUGAGUAACAAUGACCUGAAGGAUUCAGGAAUAAAGCUUCUGUCUGUUGGACUGAAGAAUCCACUAUGUGAACUGAAAACCCUCAAGGUAACUGGCUGUAACCUGUCAGAGAGAAGCUGUGAAGCUCUGUCCUCAGUCCUCAGCUCCCAGUCCUCUAGUUUGAGAGACCUGGACCUGAGUAACAAUAACAUGCACAAUUCAGGAGUGACACAGCUGUCUGGUGGACUGAAAAGUCCAAACUGCAGACUGGAUGCUCUCAGGCUGUCAAACUGUCUGAUAACAACGUCUGGCUCCGCUUCUCUGGCUUCAGCUCUGAGGUCUAACCCCUCCCAUCUGAGAGAGCUGGACCUGAGCUACAAUCAUCCAGGAGACUCAGGAGUGAAACUGCUGGAGGAUCCACGCUGCAGACUGGACACUCUCAGGGUGGACCAUGGUGGAGAGCACAGGUUAACACCUGGUCUGAGGAAGUAUUUCUGUCAACUCACAGUGGACACAAACACAGUAAACACAGAGCUCAAACUAUCUGAAAACAACAGGAAGGUGACAUAUGUGUGGGAGGAUCAGUCAUAUCCUGAUCAUCCAGAGAGAUUUGACUGGUGUUGUCAGCUGCUGUGUAGAGAUGGUCUGACUGGUCGCUGUUACUGGGAGGUCGAGUGGGAAGGACAUGUUCAUGUAGCAGUAAGUUACAUAGGAAUCAGAAGGAAAGGAAAAAGUGAGGACUGUUGGUUUGGAUGUAAUGAUCAGUCUUGGAGACUGUUCUGCUCUGAUGUUGGUUACUCUGUCUGUCACAAUAACAGAGUAACAUCCUCCUCCUCCUCCUCCUCCUCCUCCUCCUCUGGUAGAGUAGCAGUGUAUGUAGACUGUCCUGCUGGCUCUCUGUCCUUCUACAGAGUCUCCUCUGACUCACUGAUCCACCUCCACACCUUCAACACCACAUUCACUGAACCUCUUUAUCCUGGGUUUGGGUUUAGGUUUUCCCCUGUUUCCUCAGUGUCUCUGUGUCGUCUGUAGGACGGGGACGACUUCCUGUCCUGUGGUCUAAAUGUUGGAUGAAGCUUCACUUUGUUAAACAUUUGAUUCUCUGAUUGUUUCUUUAAUGUCACAAAUGUUUUCUUCUUAUAAAUGGUGAAAUGAUCUCAGGACUGAACUCUGAUUUUCUCUUGAAUCAAGUUUUUUUUUUUUGGAGCAGCGUCUUGUAGCUGCUAAUGUCUGUCGUGAUUGAUCUCAAUAAUGGUUUAAAAGCAAAACACACUAGAACAAAUGUAAAUUUGUUUCUGUUUUUAAAAACCUUACCUUCAGAAUUGAGUUAUUUUCUUUUUCAUUUAUAAAUGACUCAGGUAACAGAUUUUAUAUUUCUUGUGAGAGUCAUCAACUUAUUUCAAUAUUUUUAUUUUUCUAUAUGUGCCCUUGUAAAUAGCUUAUUUUAAGAACCAGAUGUAGUCACACAUGCAUCUUUCCACUGACUUCACCUGGUCCGACAGUUGUGGGAUUGUGAUGCUGUAUCGGCCGAAUCCUGCUGGCACCACAACGUUGUGUAACUACGCGGGGCCAGCCAACACUGACUGCAGCUUUAAUUUAGUUUAUUUUUUAUCCUUGUUGUGUGUAUCACUGAUGACAUUUUUGUACAUCUUCCCAACCUGGGAGGUGGAAACCUCUUCAAUUGAUUUCCGUGGUUAUUCUUCCAUUUCUUUCCCCAUUAGAAAACAUCUGUCUGCCCUGGGAGGUGGAUAGCACUUCAGUUGAGGUAUUUUCCAUUUUGUCCAGUUAAAAUGUUUGUUUUAGACAGUUUUCCUUAUCUGAAGGUAGGGUCAAAGUAUGGAGGGUGUGAUAUGCUGUACAGAUUGUGAAGCUCCCAAAGGCAAAUUGCUGAUUAAUACGAAUGGACUAUAUAUAUAAAAUGUAUAUAUAAGUAUUGUUUUGUUCAAAAAUUAUCAUGAGCUUGUUUUCUUUGCAUUAUUUGAGGUCUGAAAACACUAUCUUUUUUUUUUAAUUUUGACCAGUUGUCAUUUUCUGCAAAUAAAUGCUCUAAAUGAUCAUAUUUGGGUGAAAUGUUGUCAGUAGUUUAUAGAAU